AUGCGUCGGGUACAAGAGUCCGCGGUGCAGUCCAAGGGUCCCGCCGAGACCCAAAUACAAUUCGACCAGCUCCUAUCCACGCUGAACGUCCCCCUGACUCUCUCGGUAACCGAGAAGAUCUCCCGUCUCCUAUCCACAACACCCCAGCAGCUCCUAGAUACAGCAAACAGCAUUCAAGUGCACCAAUUCCAGCCGAGAGCAGCGGGAGGCUUCAUCCUCCCAACCAUCUUUUCAUCCUUCGACAAUGGUGAGUUUGCACGCAAGCUCCUCGCCCGCAACCUGCGCCUCAUUCUGGGCGAAUGCGCCGACGAACGGUCCCUGUAUAGCGUGUGGUAUCCACCCAAAUCCGCCACGUUAGCCGGGCUGCACACGCGCCUGAUCGCCGAUUAUCCGGAACAAAUUGUCGACACCGUCAUCGCAACCCACUACCCCCAUGAGCGUCUCACAUCGAACUGCACAGACUGA